ACAAGGCUGCGGGCGGGGUACAGGGCGGCGCCGGGGUGAAGUCGGGCUGGCGUCGGGGUGGAGCAGGGCCGCGGUGCAGGAUCGGGGCGAGGUCGGGGUCGGGCCGCGGGGCGCUGGGCGAGUGGAUGGCGGCCUGUAAGUGCGUGGCUGCCGGCGCCGAGCUCGACGAUUCGGACGACGGCUGGUACCUGGGCUGUGACGGCAUGGAGGACAUGGACAUAACGCCAGUAAAAGCAUAUGAAAUAAAAAACAUCCCACAAGAUAAAUCAUCUGUGUUUGAAAUAUCAAAAAAUGAUGAAGAGGCAAGCACAUUGAAAGAAGCUUUAUCAUCACAAAAUUCACGUUUGGUUGAACAAAUUCUGAACUCGGGUGUUGAUGUGGAGACACGUUUUUGCUUUGGAUGGACUCCUUUGAUGUAUGCUGCAAACAUUGCUAACCUUGAAAUAUGUCGUCUUCUUCUUGAUCGAGGUGCUAAUGCAAGUUUUGUAAAAGAUCAGUACACGGUGUUGAUGGCUGCCUGUGCUAGCCGUGAGUCGGAUAAAAAAGUGGUGAAGUGUGUAGAGUUGCUAUUGUCUCGAAAUGCAAAUCCAAGCACAACCAGCAGUGGUCAGAUGACGCCACUAAUGUUUGCGGCCAAAGAAGGACACACGCAAACUGUUGCACUGCUGGUGGCUCAUGGAGUGGAAAUAAAUAUCCAGGAUGACAAAGGCUACACAGCACUGACAUGGGCAUCAGUUCAAGGUCACAAAAGUACAGCAUUGCAAUUAAUUGACUUAGGAGCUGAUAAAUCACUGAAGACCAAUUACGGAGAAACAGCCGCUGAUGUUGCUGAGAAAAAGCAACACUCACAGUUAGCACAGUUACUCAAAGUGACUUCAAUUUCGCCAUUAGCAGAAGCACCCCAGAACCUGCCUAAAGAUGAGAUAAGUUUCAAAUACUCUGUGAAUAAUUCUAAUACAGGAAAAAACAACUGUAUAAGUUCGAUUUCAACGUUUGGUGAAGUAGAACUAUUUCUGUACGGGCUUGAAUUGGAACAUCUUCGGCAAUUACUUAAGGAGAAUGAUAUAUCUUUUAGAGGACUUCUGACAAUGGGGAAAGAAGAGCUUGAAAAGAUUGGAAUCAUUGAUCCGAAUGACCAACAGAAGAUUUUGGAUGCAGUCUGUGAAAUGCAACCAGAGGACAUACAAGUUGCCCAAUUGCCAACUCUGAACAGUUUUGAUCGCAGUGAAGAACUUACAGUCUUUUUCAUAAAACUCAAGAAGCACUGCAAUCACCUGAUGGCAACGAUUCAGAAUGUGACAAACCAACUAGCAAGCAACUCAGAACUGAAAGUGCUGGAUUUGGAUGCUGACAAAAAAUCAGCUUUGAUCUGUGAAGACUUGGUUGCGUGUAUUCAAGAUCUGAAUAAAGAAGUGGAGAGUUUGAGGAAUCUUCUGCUCAAGUUGCAGAAUAACCAAGAGAGAGCUCCCAAUCACAUGCCACCAAUCCAGAAUUGUUCUCGUCGAUUCUUAAAGAAGGUAGCACUUGGUCUGUUUGGAACUGGAUUUGUUUUUCUGCUCAUGAAACUACAUAACAUGAGAAAAUAGCGUGUGUGUGUUUUUUUUAAGUACCUUGCUGCCAAAAAGAGAGCAAUACUUGUAAUUUUCUACUGCAUUGUCUUUGUUUAGUGCAGUGACCCAGGUUCAAGAAAGUAUCUUAGCAAUUGUUACUGUAAAUGUGGCCAAAUCAGUCCUGAAUAAAAUAUAUUGCUUUGUUAGUU